AUGAACGGGGUCCUGAUCCCGCACACGCCCAUUGCUGUGGACUUCUGGAGCCUGCGCCGGGCUGGUAGCGCGCGGCUUUUCUUUUUAUCCCACAUGCACUCGGACCACACGGUCGGCCUGUCCAGCACCUGGGCCCGGCCCCUUUACUGCUCCCCAAUCACUGCCCACCUCUUGCAUCGUCAGCGACAGGUGUCCAAGAAGUGGAUCCGAGCCCUAGAGGUCGGUGAGAGCCACGUGCUGCCGCUCGAUGAAAUUGGACAAGAGACCAUGACUGUAACCCUCUUGGAUGCCCAUCACUGCCCUGGUUCUGUCAUGUUUCUCUUCGAAGGAUACUUUGGAACCAUCCUCUACACAGGUGAUUUUCGAUAUACACCAUCUAUGCUAAGGGAGCCUCCUCUGUCAUCGGGCAAACAGAUCCAUACUUUAUACCUAGACAACACCAACUGCAACCCAGCCCUGGUUCUUCCCACCCGACAAGAAGCUGCCCACCAGAUUGUCCAGCUCAUUCGAGAGCACCCUCAACAUAACAUAAAGAUCGGACUCUAUAGCUUGGGAAAGGAGUCACUGCUGGAGCACCUGGCCCUGGAGUGUCAGACCUGGGUGGUGUUGAGUCCUCAGCGUCUGGAGGUGGUACAGCUGCUGGGCCUGGCAGAUGUGUUCACGGUGGAGGAGAAGGCGGGCCGCAUCCACGCCGUGGACAACAUGGAGAUCUGCCAUUCUGCCAUGCUGCGUUGGAACCAGACCCACCCUACCAUUGCCAUCCUUCCCACCAGCCGGAAAAUCCACACCUCCCACCCCGAUAUCCACAUCAUCCCUUACUCUGACCACUCCUCCUACUCUGAGCUUCGUACCUUUGUUUCAGCACUGAAGCCGAGCCAGGUGGUACCCAUCGUCCGUCGGCAGCCCUGUGGAGACUACUUUUGGGACAGCAUGGGCCCCAGGAUCUCUGUGCCUCUGAUUCCAGAUUCUGUGCAGCAGUACAUGAGUUCCUUCUCUAGAAAACCAAGUUUUCUCUUGCUGUUGGAAAGGAGGCUAAAGAGGGCCAGAGCCCAAGGUGUUGUGUUUGAAUCCCCUGAGAAAGAUGUUGAUGAAUCUCAAGCUAACAAAGACUCAAAGAAGGCCAAGAAGGAAAACUCUCCCUGGCCUGGGAAGCUUGAAAAGCAGCUUCCCCACUGUCCUUUGCGAGUCAAGAAGCAGUUGUUCUCAGAUCUCUGCAGCAAAGAAUGGGAUGGGACAGCCCCCUUCUGUGAGUCCCAGAAAAUGGUAACAAAGGUGACUGUCCCUUUGGGCUGUUCUAUGCACUUAAGACCUUCAGAUGAGGAGUUCAUCUCUCCAGAAACAAAGGAGGAAAUUAGUUUAAAGCCCCCAUUGGUACCCAGAGGAGACAGUGACCCAGCAGCCACAGGGAACCCAAGCACUUGGGUGAGCCAUGAUUCUCCCCUGGGUCAUAGCAAGGCCACCCCUCUUCUAGCUGCUAAGUUCAGGGGCCUGGCACUGAAAUAUCUUCUGACUCCAGUGAACUUUUUCCAGGCAAAGUUCUCUUCCAGGAGCUUUGACCAGCAAGUGGAAAAAUACCACAAGCCCUCGAAGGAGCACACACAGGAGAGUACAGAAUAACAGUGUUGUUCAACCCAAUGCUACAGUUUCAGACAGUGAAGUUUGUUUGGGGCUUGUCUGUACUGGAUCCUCGCAGGCUCGCCCUGGACCAGCACUUUUCCAAGCUUGUUUAUUGGAGUCCUGGUACCUAUGGAAUCCUUAGUUGUAACCUUGACUGUGUUUAAGAGGCUUUUCAUUGUAAACUCUGGGGCGUGUGCAUCAGCAUGUUAAAGGUUCUUAGAGGUCCUACAGUAACUUGAUCUGUUUAACCUAGCAUUCCUCAAGCUUUGGUGAACGUGCAGUCCUCUUCUGUGGGUGCCGAAAGAGAUGAGUCUGAAUCAAAAAAGAGCAGAUUAUUCCCGUAGUUCCUUUGCAUGCUCUGUGUCACAUAACGUGCUCCCCCAACCCUCCUUCACAAAAACCCCUGGGUAGUUCUAUUUUUUAAUCAUAAACUGUGGUGCUGGAGGAUAAUCAUUAAUCAUGAACUGUGGUGCUAGCGGAUAAAGUGGUGGCCCAAGCAGCACGUUCUAGUCCUGAAUGUCCCUGACUUGCUGUGACCCCAUCCAAGUAACUUCCUGUCUCUGCCUCUGGGAAAGAACAGGAAGCAAUGAAGAGGACUUGGAACCAUGGUGAAAAAUUCCACCUCCUGCCUCCUGCAUCAGAGUGUGCAAUUAGUGUUGCUGGGGACCCAUCUGGAACAGAGCCAGCGAGGGGGUUGGGCACCCGUCACGGCAGCAGUACCUGGAACCAGGCUGAGCAUUAAGGCCUAGGGUGUGACAGGACUCCCAGCUAUGUGGAGGCCCUGAUUAUUUGGCUGAAAUAAAGUUAGAAAAGAUCAGAUGUGCUGCCAGAUAUUCCUCUGAUUGUUCACAUAGCUGGGAUAUUUGUUGCUCCCCCCCUACCCCCUUGGUUUGAAUAAGGAGCCAGAGCACACAGCCUGUUUGUUUUAGUAUCCAGGGAAGAGACCACGGAGCCAGCUGGCUGGAAGGGGUGGGGGGUGUGCAGUUCUGCCCUGUCCUUCUGUUCAUAACACAAAAUGCCAAGCCAAUAAGCAGGACAGCCAACACCACAGCUAUGAGGGAACAGGCUCUAAGGAAGGGCACAGAUAAUGUGGAGCUGGGCAGGUGGAUAAAACUGCUUCAGAAUGAAACCUGGGGCCUUAGGAAGGCAGAAGUCUCGGUUUCCUAGCCAGGGGAAACAAGAUUCUAAUUUUGGAGGUUGUAAUGAAGAGUUUAGAAAGCAAAAUAAGGACUUGUGUUCGGCCAAACUGUAUAUAGCUGUUUUGUCCGUGACCUUCACUGUCAGCCUCCCAAGGGCCUUCUAGGAGCUGUGGCAGGCGAGGCAUGCUGUGCAGUAGGAAACCUGGGUAUUGGCUGGGCUUGAAUCCAGGGCAGCUUCGGCAAAUUGCUUUGUGGAGCCUCAGGUCUACAGUCCCUCAGUCCACAGGGACUGAGAUACCUACCUCUCAUCACCGCUACGGAGAUUAAACAAGUGAUAAAAUUCUAAUUCAGUGUGUGCCAUAGGACGGGGUUUUCAAAUGUUUCUCAGCCUCUGAUUUUUCAAGAAAUUAUUCUAUAUAUAAAAUAAAGUUUGGAAAUCAUAAAAAUGUAAAGAAAAAAGUCAACUUUAAUUCCUCUAUGUAGAUCAAUUGAUAUGCUUUAUUCCAAUCUUUUUCUGUGAUGUAAAUGUGUUAAAUAUAUAUAUUUUUUCAAAAUCUGGGUGACAAUUUUAUAUCCUAUAUUUUCCUUUCUUAAUUCCUUAAGCAUUUUGCCAUGUCAUUAAAUUUUUUUUUUUUUUUUUUUUUUUUUUUUUUUUGACAGGCAGAGUGGACAGUGAGAGAGACAGAGAGAGAAAGGUCUUCCCUUGCCGUUGGUUCACCCUCCAAUGGCCGCCGCUGCAGCCGGCGCACCGCGCUGAUCCGAUGGCAGGAGCCAGGAUCCAGGUGCUUCUCCUGGUCUCCCAUGGGGUGCAGGGCCCAAGCACCUGGGCCAUCCUCCACUGCACUCCCUGGCCAUAGCAGAGAGCUGGCCUGGAAGAGGGGCAACCGGGACAGAAUCCGGCGCCCCGACCGGGACUAGAACCCGGUGUGCCGGCGCCGCAAGGUGGAGGAUUAGCCUAUUGAGCCACGGCGCCGGCCGCAUGUCAUUAAAUUUUUUAAAAUAGGGGCCGGCACUGUGGCAUAGCAGGUUAGUGCCCUGGCCUGAAGUGCCAGUAUCCCAUAUGGGUGCCGGUUUGAGACCGGGCUGCUCCACUUCCGAUCCAGCUCUCUGCUAUGGCCUGAGAAAGCAGUAGAAGAUGGCCCAAGUCCUUGGGCCCCUGCACCCAUGUAGGAGACCCGGAAGAAGCUCCUGGCUUCAGAUCAGCACAGUUCUGGCCUUUGCAGCCAAUUGGGGAGUUUUUAAAAAAUUUAUUUGAAAGUCAGACUAAGAUAGACAAGGUGCUCCCAUCAGAUGCCCGCAACAGCUAGCACUGGACCAGACUAAAGCCAGGAGCGGAACUCAGUCCAGGUUUCCCAUGUAGAUUGCAGGGACCCAAGUACUUGAGCCAUCACCUGAUGCCUCCUAGGGUGCUCACUAGCAUAAAGCUGGAUUUGGAAUCAGGGCCAGGACUUGAACCCAGCUGCAUUUUAACUGCUACACUAAAAGCCUAUCCCCAGAAUUUUAUUUUUUAAAAAGGAUUUAUUUAUUUUGAGAGAGAGAAAGAGAUCUUCCAUCCAUUGGCUCAUUCCCCAGUUGACCACAAUGGUCAGCACUGGGCCAGGCUGAAGCUAGGAGCUUCAUCCAGGUCUCCUAUGUAGGUGGCAGGGGCCCAAACACUUGGGCCAUCUUCUGCUGCUUUCCCUAGGCCAUCGGCAGGGAGCUGGAUUGGAAGCAUAGCAGCUACAAUGUAGACCAGUGCUGAUAUGGGACCUACUAUGCCACAGUGCUGGCCCCCCAGGGUGUCAUUUUUAAUAGUUAUAUACUAUCCUGUUGUGUGAGUAUAGUUAAACCACUUCCAUACUAUUCAUCAUUUUGUGUCCUGUUUUUAAUUGUACUUAUCACAGUGCACAUGGCUUAUGCAUAUAUCUUGGCAUUUUUAUUUCUUUAGAGAAGAUUACUGGAAAUGGGAUUUAAGUUCUUGAUACAAAUUGUGCCAAACAGCCUUCCAGAAAGAUUUCCUUACCAUCUUUUCUGCAGAAGUGCCAUUAAGAUACGCUGAAAUCAAUUCAAAUUCAAAUGUCACUAGAAUGGUACAUGCUAACGUGUGGGAAAUCAUCUUGUGUGAAAUGAAUAAAUAUUUACUGAACCGUG